AUGAGCCUUCAAAUUCAAAAUUCCUCGUUAAUUAUCAAGUUAUCAAGAACCGAGCGUGGCCUUCAAUAUUCGGAGGCAGUUAACCUGCUUCAUAUUGCUAGUGAACUGGGACAUGAACAGGUUGUAAGAAGCCUAGUUGGAACUCUAGGUGAAAUAAACGCGAAAGAUAAUAGUGGGCGGACAGCACUGCUGCUAGCCACCAUGCAUCGACAUUCGACAGUAAUAGCUGUAUUGCUACGCCAAGAAGGUAUCGACAUAAACGCUGAAGAUUAUGAGGGCUGGACUCCGAUCUCGUAUGCCACGAAGUAUGGGUAUGAGGAUAUAUGCAAACUUCUGGUGGAAUUCACCAGCAAGACAGCUACAAAACUUGAUAUUAAUAAGAGGACUUUUGGGCUGACCCCUCUCUAUAUUGCGGCUCAGGAGAACCAUGUUGCCAUUGCACAGCUGCUCUACAAUCAUGGGCAAGCAAGGGAAAACCCAGUAAAUGGUGUUGACCCGUCACUUCUCCACCAAGCGGCAAGGGAAGGAAGCGAAGAAGCGAUAAAAAUCUUCCUUGAAAUUAAUAGCAGUUGCAUUAAUGAACCCGAUGAGAAGGGAAGGACAGCUCUUUACUUUGCAGCCCAGGAAAAUCAUAGCGCAGUGGUGUCUAUUUUUACUUCCCGAGCAAAGUGUUAUAGCCCAGGAGGGUCCCUUUUCACUACCCAACUGGAGAAUCCAGAUGGAAGGACGCUUUUGCAUCAUGCUGCAGAAGCAGGAAGUGUAACUGCUGUCGAGAUCUUGAUUGGUGUGGGGGCAGAUAAAGAUGCGGUUGACAACAAUGGAAGAACGCCUUUACAUCAAGCUGUGUCUGGCACUGUUCAUGAUGUAAAGGUGCUGCUGAGCAAUGGAGCACUCAUGGAAAUGAGGGACAAUGAAGGGAAUACACCUCUGCAUUUGGCUGUGCACCGUGGCGAUGCUGCAGUAGACAUUGUGACACAACUGAUUAAGGCUGGGGCAGAUCUCACCACCCGAAAUAACAAUCACGAAACUCUUUUACAUUCUAUUGCAAGUAAUGGAAAAUCGGAGCAGUUGGCCCGUUUUUUACUAGGACAGGGCAAGCUGGGGAUAGAUGCAAAGAAUCUGGAUGGCAAGACAGCUUUGCACCUGGCUGUUCAAAACAACAACAUCAGUUCGGUUUAUUUGUUAAUUUUUAGAGGUGCAGAUAUCAAUGCAAAAGACAACAAAAACCAUACCUCUCUGUUCAUAGCUGAACAAUCUCCAAGAGCAGAGGAUAUAUGCAGGCUACUUAUAGUUGAAGGAGCCACAAAAUAUUAUCAGGGCCCAAUGCCUUUGUGCUUGUUGAGGAAUAAUAAAACUUCUGAGAUUAUUCCAGCACUAAAUAUUGACACAUUUCCACAGCUACUAAAUGAACCUGACCACAACACUCAUUUAUAUGUUUAUGCUAUCUUAAAAAGUAUGCGGCUCUUCUUAAAGCUAGACCGACAAACUGUACAUAAGAAGACAAGGAAAGCGAUCAAAACUGUUAGAAAGGUCAUAUCUAAGUGGCUUUUAAAUCUAAAUGAUAUUCCAGGCCUUGUCAAACUCACACAGCACGACAUAUUCAUCCUUUGUGAUAACAGUUCAUCUAUGAGCCCUCUAAGGGAAUUGCUCCAACAAACACUCCGGCGGAUGGUUGAAUUUGCAAUGGUGUUGAAUGAAAAAGGAGUAGCUCUACAUUUUCUCAACAACAACAACAAUAAGCAAGCCAUUCAACUGACAAAGGAAAGCAUUGAUGCGGCUUUAACAAGCAUCAAAUUCUCCGGUGGCACAGAACUAGGCACACAGUUGGAGAAACAAAUUUUAGACAAGAUCUUUCAUCAAGAGGGGAAAUUGCAAAACCCCCUGAUUGUUAUGAUCAUAACUGAUGGAGAGCCAUCCGAGGAUAAAGAAAUUUUGAAAAACAAAAUUCUUCACUGCAAGAAGAGAGGAUAUAGAAAUGGCGCAAUAAAAUUUCUGAUAUCCCAGAUAGGAUGCUCAGAUAGUGCGACUACAUAUCUGAAAAAUCUGAAAUCAGAUGACAGCUUGAAGGACAUGGUAUUUAUUCAAUCUGACAAGAGUCUGGAUGAUCUGAAAGAAAUGGCCAAGGAUUCCAAGACAGGAAGAACUGAAGACCAAGAAUACACCACCCUCUCCUUUAUACUACAUACAAGCUAA